UAAUUAUAAGACUCAAAAGUCAUAACAAAAUUAAGUUCUACUCUGCAACAUCUCAUUCUCUCUUCUUCAGUUACACUUCCUCGGCUGAUUUUUAUUUUCGAGAGAUAGAGAAUUAGAGACCUAAUGGCGAUGACCAGUACCAUGCAGCUCUUAGUAUUGAGUUUUCUCGUAAUAGCCUCACUGUUUCUUGGGGCAACGGUGGCUCCUCCAGCAAGUUUGAUCUCCACGCCCGAUCAGGCAUUGAAGGAUAAAGCCGACUUGAUUGUCGCCAAGGAUGGCAGCGGCAACUUCACCACGGUGAAUGAAGCGGUUGCAGCAGCUCCAGAGAAUGGUGUGAAGCCUUUUGUCAUCUACAUCAAAGAAGGGUUAUACAAGGAAGUUAUUCGUAUCGGGAAGAAGAAAACUAACUUAACCCUCGUUGGCGACGGCAGAGACUUGACGGUCCUCAGCGGCGAUUUGAACGGCGUUGAUGGCAUCAAGACUUUCGACUCCGCAACACUUGCUGUAGAUGAGAGUGGAUUUAUGGCUCAAGAUUUGUGUAUUCGGAACACAGCUGGGCCAGAGAAGCGGCAGGCCGUGGCUCUCCGUAUUAGCACUGAUAUGACGAUCAUUUAUCGUUGCAGGAUCGACGCGUAUCAAGACACCCUUUAUGCAUAUUCGGGUAGACAAUUCUACCGAGAUUGUUAUAUUACGGGAACCGUCGAUUUCAUUUUCGGACGGGCAGCUGCGGUAUUUCAAUAUUGCCAAAUCGAGGCACGUAAACCGGGGAUAGGACAAACCAACAUCUUGACUGCUCAAUCUCGCGAGGAAGAUACUGCAACUUCGGGAUUUUCGUUCCAGAAAUGCAACAUCAGUGCAAGUUCUGACCUCACUCCAAUUAAAGGAACUGUAAAGACGUUUCUGGGACGUCCGUGGCGUGCAUUCUCGAGAGUAGUAUUCAUGGAGUCGUUUAUAGACGAUGUCAUCGAUCGAGCGGGUUGGACUCCAUGAAACAUAACUGAUAUUGGAACCCUAUCGACCUUGUACUAUGGUGAAUACAAAAAUACGGGUCCAGGAGCAGAUACAAGUAAAAGAGUCGGUUGGAAAGGAUAUCACACAAUCACCCUUAAUGAAGCUACAAGUUUUACAGUGGAAAAACUUCUACAGGGACAUUUGUGGAUUAACGCUAGUAUAGUUCCAUUCGAAUUAGGACUUUGAUUAUUUUAUGUUGUUUAUUAACUAGAUUAUAAUUGUGCUG